UGUAUAUCUAGUGUGCGUAUCACCAUGUACUUCCUGUUUCAUUUAAUCUUAUGGAGAUGUUAACAUAUUGAAUUUGACUCAAGAGUUGUACUGACUCAGGAAGCCAAUGGAUCAAGUCCCGGGCAAGAAAGUCCAGGCAGAUGCCUCUACUAUCGAGGAGAUAUACUGCCAGCCCUGCUUCCAGGAUGGGGAAUCCCUCUCAGCCGAGGCCUACUGUACUGUUUGCAAAGAGUUCAUGUGCUCCAACUGCACACAGUUCCAUAAGAAACAAAGAAUAUCCAAGUCCCAUUCACUUCUUGACAAGAGCAGCAUGCCUACCACCAUGAGAGGUUUCACAACAAUAGACGAGAGCUCAAAACUUUGUGACAUCCACCCUGAAGAAUGUAUCAAAUACUUCUGUCCCACCCAUCAGACACUAAACUGCGGACAUUGUUCUGUCCUUGAUCAUCAAUCUUGUAAACAGCAGAUCAUUUCUGAAAUUGCUAAAGCCUUUAAAGAGGGUCAAGGCUAUGAAGCCAUCAAACAAGUUAUUGACAAAUUACUGAAAGACAUUGAUACCUAUGUGACUGAUGUUAAAGAAAACAUUAAGCUCGUAGAAGAUCUCGGGGAACAUGAGAUUGCUAAGAUAAGGAAUUAUCGAGAUCAAAUUAACAAGUACAUUGAUGAGCGCGAAAACACACUGCUGAAGACCAUUGCUAACAUCAAAAACACUGAUGAAACACUCCUCCACUCCCUGAAACUACAAUUUGAUGACCUUAAGAUUGAGGUCAAUGCGAUCAAAACAAAACUAGAAGUACAAGAAAAGAACACUAGCCAGCUGUUUAUUGAGGCCCAUGUAUCCAAAAAUUUGCUGGAGGGACUGGAAUUAACUCUUGCCGAGAUUGUCAAAAAGAAGACCAUUCAAAAGUAUCAGUUGAGGAUUGACCCCGCCACUGAGAGACUGCUCGGUUCCAACACUGGCUUUGGCACUAUUGAAAAGAUGGUUACUUCAAAAUGUCUUGAACAGAGAUUUGAGCGAUCAAGUUCCACAACACAAGCCAAAAAUGAGAAGAAUACAACACUAUUUGAUACUGCAACAAAGUUGCAAGAGGUUGGGGACAAGAAAACCACUACAGCUUAUGCUGCUGCCAACGUUCAAGACGCUGGGGACGAGAUCACCACUACAGCUGAUGCUUGUACCAACGAACAAGCAGUUGGCGAAAUACAGGUUUUUCAAAAAAUCAGGAUGAUCGAUACCAAUACAGUACCAAAACCAGGUUUGAUUGCUAAUGGAACGCAAUCAUCUGCAAAACCAAAACAAAAAAAACAGACCGUAGUCAACACUGACCUUACCAGCCUGGAGUUCACCCGAGCCCCAGACAUCCCAGUCAAGUCUCCAUCAGGCACCUUGAACUGCGGGCUGACCAGUAUGCUUGUCCUGCCUGAAGACCGACUGUUAAUCGCUGACUGUAACAACGACAUAGUGGCGAUGGUAGACCUCAAAACCAGCAGCUUGAUGUCCGAGGUUGAUGUGCCAAGUACGGCAUUGGAUAUGUGUCUCCUGCCUGGGGACAGGGUCGCAGUUAGCAUGGGUUGUAUGGGUAUUCAGUUAAUUGAGACACGGGGAAAACUCGUACUUAAGGACACCAUCAAGGUUGGCGGUGACUGUCAUGGUAUUUGUUACCAUAACGAAUGCUUAAUUGUUUCGUACAACGGCGGAAAUGUUGAGAAGAUAAAUAUGGAAGGGAAAGUGUUGAAAAAGGUAUCAGAUAGUUGGCUUUCUAGGAAACCUUUUAAAUACCCUUGGUACGUGGCAGUGGUCAGUGAUGGUCUGACAGAAGCCAUAUAUGUGUCUGACUUUGACAAGAACACAAUCACCAAGCUAGACAUGGACUUGAACAUCCACCAGACUUUCCAAAACCCUGCACUGAGAGGACCAACAGGCAUUACUGCAGUAGAUAACCAGCUACUUAUCUGUGGUUUAUUUAGUAACAACAUUUUGUGUCUGGACCUUCCAAGCGGCCAGAUGACCAAACUUCUGAGGAUAUCGACGCCACGCAGUGUCUGCUUCAGUCAUCAGCAAAACAAGAUGUACGUUACCGCCUUGACAGAGGGGACUGCAAACAAUUAUGUAAACGUGCAUAAGACAGCAUAAUUUUUUUAUCAGUUUUUUUAAUAAGCAACGGGUCAAGUGAACCAUUUGCACUUACAUUUAGGUAGAAAAACAGAUUGUUUUCCUCUAUCUAUUUAUGAGCUCUGUGUUUGUUGUGAAGAAUAUACAAUCAUUUUAAAAGGACUCGUACAUGAUUUAUAAGGUCAGAUAUCGAACAAAUAUGUUCACGUGAAUUUUGAAGAAAAUGCCGAUAACAAUGAAAAACGAUUGUCAAAAGUAUAGACAACAUUUUUAUUGUUCACAAGUAUAUGAUAGAAAAUGCUUUAUUUUGCCGAAAAACGUUAGUAUCGCUAUCUAAAAUUAAUGACUUUAGUCUUGAUUAAUACCCAGUUGUUCAAAUGAGUAUCUAUCAGCUUCUAGAUACAUUUGGUAAUAAUAAUAAUGCAAGAAUCAUUGACCUAGAUUUCGAAGUAAACGAGUUAUUUGAUAAGAAGAAUAUAUCUUUUCGUUAUUGAAAACCGAUUUAGACUCGACAGAACCUCGUCUUUAUUGUUUAAGAAUGAACUCAUUUAAUAAAUUCGAUACAGCAUGGGCACGAAUUUGAGAUCCUCUCUCUAUAUAUAAUUAUUUUAUUUGAGAACAUUAUUGCUGAUUAUUUUUAUUUAAUUUUCUUUAUUAUCAUUUAUAAGCAUGUAUCAUAAGUAUCAUAAAUCAAUAAAAAUGCAAUCAAAA